CGGAAGUGGUGUCGUCAGGGAGGGUUCGCGGAGCCGCUGUUCUACUUUCGGGACAGGGCUGGUGGCGCUAGGCCUAGCGGGAUCGUGCGUCUGGUCGUGAGGCGAGAAAAACUCCUCCAUGGCACUAUUCACAAUAACCAAGAAAUGAAAACAAUCUAAGUAUCUAUCCACUGAUAAAUCAAUAAAGAAAAUGUGGAAUAUAUGCACAAUGGAAUACAAUUCAGCUAUAAAAAGAAUGAAGAUUCAAGUUUUCAUUCUGCCUACAUCGAUUUAACAGUCUGUAUUGUUUGUAAACACAGGUGCAUAAUAAAAAACCUGGUGACAAUGAAAAUAGCAAAAAAAAAAAAUUAUAAGCAGUUUCCUUUUUAUUUCUGUAAAAGUACCAUUUUAGAUAAUCCUGUUUUUAUUUGUCUUUAUCCAAUGUAGUGCCAAAUCAAAUGAAUAUAAUUUGAGAAUUUUUCUCUCCCUGGAAUAAAAUAUAAAGUGCUUAUGUUGUUACUUAUUGCAGGCCUUCCUCAUUCUUCCAUUAAUUGUUUCAAAUACAUUUACUUAGUUAGUUCCUCAUGUAGUUAGGCACUGUGCUACAACUAAAGUAGUAAAAAGAAUGUGUGGAAGCCAGAGAAAAAGUCAUUACUGCCCUGUAGCCAUACCAUAUGACCUUAUUAUUAGCACAAUUUGGUGUAUUGAAAUGAGAUAUGUUCACUGGCUUUGUUUUGGAACUAUACUUUCAGGGUGAUAUAAAUAAUUGUUUCUUGAUUCUUUUCUUUUUUUAAACUAUGAUCUUUAACUCCAUACAUACUGUUUAGUGGAUUCUAAUUCGGUUCUACUACACUUGACAUAUUCACUCCUCCAGUUAUAGAAACUUAGACUGUUUCCAAAGAAUUCCUUAUCAUCCCAGAUGAAGUUUCAGAGGAUAUCCUCAUACAUGUUGAUCUCACAGAGAAUUUCUUUGCUACAUAUGACCAGACUAGAUUGCUGGAUCAUAAGAUGCACAAAUUACUAAUUUGGCUAUGUAGUACUUUGAGAUUACUCUUCAGAACGAUGACCCUAGUAUAUAAUUCCAUUCUAUCAGCAGUGCCAGUACCUAAAGAGAACUCAAAAACACUUGGCAUUGAUAUCAGGAUUGGCCCCCUAAGAGUUCCCCAAAUGUCCCAUCUGGGGUGCCAUAUGAAAUUGGAAUUUGGGGUGCCAUACGAUAUCACUGUAUGCUUAUCAAUAAAUUCCCAAUAUUAAUAAGCCCUCUGGGUUCUUGCCUAAUAUUCAGAGAAGAAUUCUGAAUACCGGCAUAAAUGAAUGAGGCAGUAUGGUACAUUUUUAAGCUUUUAUUCAGUGAGAGAAGUGCAUAGGAGAGUGAGAGCUUUAUCUAAAAGAGAGGGAUAAAUCUGGGUUCAUACCGUGUACCAGGAACCAGCCACAUAGAGGAGCAUCUAAGCCAGGAAGCAUGAGGCAGGUGGCCCAACGGCCAUGUGUGCUAGAAACAAAGGGCUGUGCGGACCCUGCACUGGCAAAAAGCCAAGGAAAGGAAAGAGAGAGAGAAAGAAAGACAGAGACCAGGACACUGUGCCCCAGGCUUUUAAUCCACUUCCAAAGGGGAGUGGUUAAUUAACCUGAUUGGCCAGUGGCAUAGUGAAGGCAUGGUCUUCCAGCUCACAAGCCUAAUCAAUUUUAACCUGUAUGCCUGCCUACAGCAUUAUCCAGCUUUGUAAUUUUUAUCAAACUGAAAGCAUAACAUGAUCAUGUGGUUAAUGCCUCUGAAUUUUCUCUUUUGCAAAUUAAGGAUUUUUUGCUUUGCCUAUUUCUAUUGCUACAUUUUAAAAAAUGAUUUGUAGUUCAUCUUGUCCUUGAUAUUAUACAGAAGUUUUAAAUGUAAACUUUUCCCUCUGAAGUUUUGAUUUUUGGCUGUGAAGUAAACUGAUAACAGAUGGAGGGGGGGACAAAUUAUACGUUAAACAGGGGAAUCACACAUAGUUUGAAACUCAACAGAUGGAUAAAAUAGUUGUAGCUGAUAGAGAGGUAAACAGGGGCUUGGAUGUCUGGUGGAUUUGGAGGGAUAAAGCACAGGCUAUAGAAGGUUGGAAGGAGGGGCACCAUCAGCAAAGGAUGUCUUGCUCAGCAGAUUGUCUCCCAGGAGACAGCCACUUGAGAUAAUCUCUGUCAAGGCUACAGGUCAAACCCCCAAUCAUUUUCUUAGCAGAAAGGAGAGUAAGGGGAAUUGCUUGAAAAUAGAAAAUAACUAAAGAAAAAAACAAGAAAAGAAAAAAGUCUCUGCCUACAUCUGCUAUCUACUAAUGUAGUAGAUCUAAAUUUCUUUUACCAAAGGACAGCUUUUCAGAGCUAUUCUAUUAUCUGUAGAGGUCUGUAGUUUCUCUGAAACACCAAUUCUAAAUAUGUCAAAGAAAUAUAUUUGGGUUGGGAUAUUUUAAUCACCCUCAAUAUCUUUAAUUCAAUCCAGAAAUGAUUAAUUUUGAUGGGAUUGAAUUCAUGGAUUUUGUGUAUUUGUCUUAUGCUUCACGCUUUUUUAAUUUAAUAAGUCUGUACCUCAAGUCACAGAUAUUCUCCUGUAUCAUUUGAUUGACUGUAUAAUUUUACUAUCCCCAUUUAGCUCUAUAACCCAGUUUGAGCUCUUCUUUACAAGUAGACUUAUAAAAGCAUACAGUUUUAUUUUACUUCCAAUAAUGAACCAGUUAUACUAACAUUAUACUCUAAAUGCAUCCAUUUUCCCUUGCGUGUAUGCAAACUUUAUUUUAUCUACUGUUUUCUCAAAUAGUAGAUACCUCUCUUUCUCAGCUCUGUUUUAUUGGACUAUUUGAUAGGAUUCAGAAGCCUGGAACUACAUCUUGGUGUCACACAUUGGGGUAGCAACUGCCCAAGUACUUCAGCCAUCAUCCACUGGCCUCCCAGGCAAGGUAGCAAGAAGCAGGAUAGUAAGAGGAACAGCUCAGACUCAAGUGGCACUCCAGUAUAGGAUGCUGGCAUUACAGGCAGCAGUUUAACCUGCUGUGCAAUAUCACCACUUCUACUGAUUAAUUCUUAGAUCCUAUAUAGAUUUGUAGGGGUUUUUUGGUUUGUUUGUUGUGAAAUGUAUUUAUAUAUUGAGGACAACAAAAGUAUACACCAUGUGAAAGUAUUAGAAGAAUUUUAAAUAUCAACAUUUGUGCAGUUCCUAGAGUAGUACCUGGAAAACAGUGUGCACUAUGUAAGUAACUACAUUAAAAUGAAUGCUCAUAGGUUAAUGUCAAUCCAGGAAUCUUGUUGAGCUCUUUCAUUAGCUGUAAUAGUUUAUAUGUUUGGUUUCUGUUUUUUUAAUUAGAUGACCAUAACAUCUGCAAAUUAAUAGUUUUAUUGUCUUCCAAUUCAUUCAUUUUUUUUUUAUAACACUGAAUAACUUUCAAUACUCUUUCAGUAUAACUCAUCAUGGUCACCCUUAACUAAUCUCCCUUUUAAAAGGAAAAUAUUUCACUUAGGAUAAUAUUUGCAUAAAAUUUGGGGGAGAUAACUUUUACCAAGGUAUGAAGUUCUCUUUCUAGUUUGCUAAGAAUGUUUUGUUUUUUAAUGCUUUAAGAGGUGUUGAUCAGAGCUAAGGAAGGUUAAAUAUCCACAGUUGAUAAAACUGUCUCCUUUUUCCUUUAGUUUUGAUAACUUAAAUUUUCUGAAACUGAGCUAAUUCUUACUCUCCUAGGAUAAUCUCUACUUCAUUAUAAUAUUUUUUCUUUCUUGUUCUUUCUGAUUCAUCUCUAGAUUAAGAGUUUUUUACUGUCCUCAUAAAAGGAACUGGUUGGCUUUCUUCAUUUUUUUCUUUCUUCUUGAACAGCUUAUGUAAAGUUGGUCACAUGACCACAAUCUCUGGGAAUCCCAGAAAGGUUCUAACAUCUAGCAGCUGUACCUCCAGGAUGGGCCCCCUAAAACUAAUUCCAGCCAGCACAUUUAAAAGUUUAAAAAUAAUAAUGCCUUUUAUAGAUGUUAGGAGUUUGGAGCAUAAGAGGGUCUGUCUGCAUUUGCAGAAGUAAUUUUCUGGGCUAAAACUUCGCACUUAAAACACACUUGACCAGUUCAUACCAACAAAAGAUAAAAAUUGUCCCAGACUCUCCUUCCCAAUUUUAUGAUUAUUCCUAACAGGAAAAUCAGUCUUUGCUUAUGAGAUAGGGGAAAAUUUAUAAGGCUUCUCUGUCACCAUCCAUGCUCUUGAAUAGCCUGCAGUUAGAUGGACAAUUAUAUUACCCAGUGCUUUCAGGCUUUAAUAUCAUGUCUCUAGUCUUCUCAUUCACAGGUUAAGGCCACCCUUCCAAGAUAGUCCAACCACUAAGUCAUCAGUUUCCAAGGGCGUUUGCAUCACCUAUGGAAAACAUCGGAUCUUUGCACACCAGAUAUCCUUGACAACUCAUCUCAUCACCCCCCUGCACACAAGUUUCUGUACCAACGGACAACCAAGGCAACUACCAAGCUUGCUUUUCACUACCAAGUAGCUAGAAUAUCACUGCCAACAAAACAGAGUGCACAAAGUAUCUCUUCACAUUAUCACUAAUAAUUGAGAUUGCACUAAGGAAAUCAGCUUGCCUAAAUGAGGACCCCUUCUCUUGUUGGUAGCCAGGAUUCGAAGGAGAUACUCUGUAACCUGUGCCACUGGUAAGUGACUAACAAACACUUUCACACACUGAACUGGUCCUGAGGACUGAGAUGUCUUCUUUAUAAGUGAAGAAUAUACAACAUUAUCUUGAAGAACUGCAGAGUUGUGUGGGCCACAGGCAGACUUUGUGUGCAUAAUGGACUGAGAGAAACAAAUUAAUCUUGGUGAAAGGAUUUUCCGUCUGUUUUCUAUUUGCCAAUGUUAGUCAGUAUUUUGCUGGCUUAGAUUGUUGUCUUUUUCUGGUUCCUUGCUCUGUUUUAUUCUAAUGGGUCCCAGAAAUCCAUCUCCUGACCCCUUAUCAGAAUCAGAAAGUGAGGAAGAAGAAAACUUUAGCUACCUAAAUGAGAACUCUGGGGAAGAGUGGGAUUCCUCUGAAGAAGAGGACCCCAUGGUACCCAACCUAACGCCUCUUGAGAGUCUAGCCUGGCAGGUUAAGUGCCUUUUAAAAUAUUCUACAACUUGGAAACCUUUAAAUCCUAAUUCCUGGUUAUAUCACGCUAAACUCUUAGAUCCAAGCACACCAGUGCAUAUACUUCGAGAGAUAGGUCUAAGACUCUCUCAUUGUUCCCACUGUGUCCCCAAACUGGAACCAAUCCCUGAAUGGCCCCCUCUGGCCUCUUGUGGAGUCCCACCUUUUCAAAAGCCCCUUAUAAGUCCAAGCCGGCUGUCUAGAGAUCAUGCCACUCUAAAUGGAGCACUGCAAUUUGCCACCAAACAGUUAAGCCGAACAUUGAGUAGAGCCACUCCCAUUCCUGAAUACCUAAAACAGAUCCCCAAUUCAUGUGUUUCUGGUUGUUGUUGUGGCUGGCUAACUAAAACAGUUAAAGAAACUACCAGAACUGAACCCAUUAACACUACUUACUCCUACACUGACUUCCAAAAGGCAGUUAACAAACUCUUAACUGCAUCCCUAUAAAGAUCCACCAUUGGAUACCUCUAUAUUACUACGUAAGAAAGAGGUAAAAAUUAAUCAUUAGACAGCCCACAGUAGAGAAACUCAUGUUUUCUCAAUCAACCUGUGCCAUGUCAUGGCAAGCCAAAGUAGUGCCAUGUAUUGAAUGUGCCCGAGGUCCUGUAAUUCAACUAUAGAAAUAUGCAUGGUGAGCAUACUCUGACAAAUCCUAUGGAUAAAAUGAGAACUUUGAUGGAGAAUUAGUCAAAAAAAAUCAUAUUACAAAAGAUAAGCUGAAUAUUCCCUAUACUCAGGAUUUACCUCCUCCGUAGUUUACUCUGCCUAUGUGAUGUACUUUAACUGGAUACCUGAUUUAUUAACAGAAAGGAAAAAGACUUCCCUGUUUGUUACCCAACCAUUAGAACAGCCAUUGUGGAGAUCAAGAAUUUUACUACCCCCAGCAAACUGAACACACUGUGAAAUUGAGUUCUAGGGAGGGAGGUGAAUUAAAUUGUAUACCCAGAGGAAAAUGAUGGGAAUAUGUAUUCUCCCCUGGCUUUUCGAUAAGGUAUACCUACAUAUGGAUAUAUGUAUAUAUACAUAUAGGUAUACAUUUCAGGGUUCCAAUUUUUUGAGAGAGUAUUCAGUUUCAAAACUAGCUACACUACUACAUAUUGUGGAACCUGCUGUUGCUGUCAUCAUUCUGAAUCAUAGACUCCUGCCAUGUCUUUGGCUAAAUUAGCCUGAAAGAUCAUCCCUUGGGAUUAAACAGAAACCUGCUGUAUAGAGAAUGUUUCCCAAAUCUUGGCAUUCAGAUGUUUGCCAAGAGCAAAUAAAACACAUUCCAAAAGAUGAACAGGAAAAGACUAAGAGAGCAUUUAUGCUUUCAGUGUUAAAUGUUAAUAUAUUGAAAUAUCUAUAGAACAUUUCCUGGAGCAGUUUAUGCACUUUCCACAUCCAUUGCAAAUUUUUUUGAAUAAUAACUUUAAAGAAGUUUCCAUUAGAAAUCUCAGCUGACAUCCUGAAGUUAAGAGUUACAACAGCAUUGUUUUUCUAAAUAGAUUAGCUUUAGCUUUUCUUUUGGCUGAACAACAAAAAGAAUAGGUACUCUUAUAAAUGAGUCUUAGGAGUAUUUAUUUACUUGAAUGAAAACAGGAAUCAACACCCAUAAAAUGAGAUGCACAAGACCACUGAAUCUUUUCAGACACUGCAAUAAAGAAUGAAACCUGUGUGUGGUGCCUGUUGACUGGGAAUCAAAAAACAGAUUGCUAAAAGUAUAUAAUAUAUCUUCUUCCUUAUUUUAGUUUUGCUUUUUCCUGUUCCCUGUAAUUAAUUGCUAUAUGCAAAGUAGUAUAAAAAAAAGUAUUGAUGGAAUCAGAAAUUCUUUAAAUGUAUAGCAUCUUUAAGGAGAGAAGAAUGUUUAUACUCUAAUAAACUUAAUAAUAAAAUUUCUGCUGAGCCUUAGAUGUCCUGUCUUAAGGAAAAAGAGGGGUAUUGUAAUAAGUAGAAAAAAUAUAUUUGUUAGUGGAAAUUACUGUCCUGAAACUACAUCAUAUUGUUAGUAUAACUAAAUGUAACAGAAACUUCCUUUGUAGAUGUUCUGUGAAAUUGGUUUUAAAAUGUUAUAAGAACCUGUUGCCUUCUUUUUAAGCUGGGUAAGGGUGGGAGGAGGUAGUGAAGAAAUCUAAAAAUUAAAAUGUUGAUAUUUAUGUAUCAUAAUACUCUUUUUUCUGUGUGUGUGUAUAAAAGUGCCUUGUUCAUGAAUGCAUUUUUCUAUUCACUCCAAAAGGAAGCCUUUCCCCAGCUUGGCAGCUGAAUAAACCAACAGCUUUGUA